GCCUGAGCCUGCCCCUGGGUCCCCACCUCUGUCCUGCCCCCGGGUCCACCCAGCGGGAGCCACAGCCCCACUGAAGCGGACACUGUCCCGCUGCAGGGCUGGCGAAAGCAGAACCCGCGUCCCUGUCCCGUAUGAGCGGCCCAGCAUGCAGAGGAUGGGCCCCACCGCACGCCUGCUGCCCCUGCUGGCCGGACUCCUGGCCCUUUCUCACGGCCAGCCUGGAGACGAGGGUCCCGCCAACAGGUCUCACCCACAGGCCGCGGGCUCGGGGGACGGCUCGCCCAGCCUCAGGAUCGCCCCCGCCAACACGGACUUCGCCCUGCGCCUCUACCACCUAGUGGUGUCCGAGGCUCCCGGGGCGAACAUCUUCUUCUCCCCGCUGAGCAUCUCGGUCGCCUACGCCAUGCUCUCCCUGGGGGCCAACCCGCAGAGCCGCGGCCAGAUCUUCAAGGGCCUGGGCUUCAACCUCACAGAGCUGGCUGAGGCCGACAUCCACGGGGGCUUCCAGCACCUCCUGCGCACACUUGCCCUCCCGAGUCAUGGGCUGGAGACACACGUGGGCAGCGCCCUGUUUCUGAGUCGUGACCUGGAGUUCCUUCCCACCUUCCUGAAUGCCACCGCGGCCUUCUACGAGCCCAGACUCCUCCACACCAACUUCCGUAACCCCGCACGUGCCACCCAGCUCAUCAACGACCAUGUCCAGAAGGACACCCGAGGGAAGAUUGCAAGUUUGGUCAGUGAGCUCCCCGCAGACACUUUGAUGGUGCUGGUGAACUACAUUUACUUCAAAGCCCUGUGGGAGAAGCCCUUCGCCUCCACGCUGACCACGCCCCACCACUUCCACGUGGACGAGAACACGACGGUCCAGGUGCCCAUGAUGCAGCAAGACGGGCAGCACCACUGGUUCCUCCACGACAGGUACCUGCCCUGCUCGGUACUGCGCAUGGACUACCAAGGGGACGCCAGGGCCCUGUUUGUCCUCCCCGACCAGGGCAAGACCAGGCAGGUGGAGGAGGUCUUGACCCCGGAGAUGAUCACGCGGUGGAACAACUUGCUCCAGCACAGGUAUCUCUACAAGAAGCUGGAGCUGUAUUUCCCCAAGUUCUCCAUCUCCAGCUCCUACAUGUUACAUCAGAUGCUGCCCAGGCUGGGAUUCACCCACCUGUUCUCCCGGCAGGCUGGCUUGUCUGGCAUCACCAAAGAGCUGAGCCUGCAGGUGUCCAGAAGUUUCCACAAGGCCACCCUGGAUGUGGACGAGGCUGGCACCGAGGCUGCAGCAGCCACCAGCUCUUCGAGCAGGUUCCUGUCCGCCUGGCGCAAUCGCAACGUCCUGUGGUUCAACCGGCCCUUCUUCGUGGUGAUCUUCUCUCCCAGCACCCAGAGCAUCCUGUUUCUGGGCAAGGUCGUCAACCCCACCAAGUCGUAG